AUGAAUCUCCUCGACCCUUACCUGAAGAUGACAGACGAACAGGAGAAGUGUCACUCUGACGCGCCCAGCCCCAGCAUGUCCGAGGACUCCGCGGGCUCGCCCUGCCCGUCCGGCUCCGGUUCGGACACCGAAAACACCCGGCCGUCCGACAACCAUCUCCUCAGAGGUCCAGACUACAAAAAGGAGGGCGAAGAGGAGAAGUUCCCCGUGUGCAUCAGAGACGCGGUGUCCCAGGUGCUGAAGGGCUACGACUGGACGCUGGUGCCCAUGCCGGUGCGCGUCAACGGCUCCAGCAAAAGCAAACCUCACGUCAAGAGACCCAUGAACGCAUUUAUGGUGUGGGCGCAGGCGGCAAGAAGGAAACUGGCCGAUCAAUAUCCGCAUCUGCACAACGCGGAGCUCAGCAAAACUCUCGGCAAACUUUGGAGACUGCUUAACGAAGUAGAGAAGCGUCCGUUUGUGGAGGAAGCCGAACGACUGAGAGUGCAACAUAAGAAAGAUCACCCAGACUACAAAUAUCAACCAAGGCGGAGAAAAUCGGUCAAGAACGGUCAAAACGAGCCUGAAGACGGCGAGCAGACUCACAUCUCUCCAAACGCGAUCUUUAAGGCUCUGCAGCAGGCCGACUCCCCGGCGUCCAGUAUGGGCGAGGUCCACUCUCCUGGAGAGCAUUCAGGUCAGUCACAGGGUCCGCCAACGCCACCAACGACCCCCAAGACAGACAUUCCUACCAGUAAAGCUGACAUGAAGCGAGAGGGACGCCCCAUGCAGGAGGGCACCAGUCGCCAGCUCAACAUCGACUUUGGCGCCGUGGACAUCGGCGAGCUGAGCAGCGACGUCAUCUCCAACAUGGGGAGCUUCGACGUGGACGAGUUCGACCAGUACCUGCCGCCUCACAGCCACGCCGGGCUGACCGGCCCGGCCCCGGCCGGCUACCCCAACAGCUACAGCAUCGGCAGCUCUGGGGUCAGCCAGGCGGCCAGCGUCGGAGCCCACAGCUGGAUGUCCAAGCAGCAGCAGCAGCAGCAGCAUUCUUUGACCACCCUGGGCGGUGGAGGGGAGCAAGGCCAGCAGGGUCAGCAGAGAACCACCCAGAUUAAGACGGAGCAGCUGAGCCCCAGCCACUACAGCGAGCAGCAGGGCUCCCCGCAGCACGCCGCCUACGGCUCCUUCAACCUGCAGCACUACAGCGCCUCCUCCUACCCCUCCAUCACAAGAGCGCAGUAUGACUAUUCAGACCACCAAAGCGGCGCCAACUCCUACUACAGCCACGCCGCCGGCCAGGGCUCCAACCUGUACUCCACCUUCAGCUACAUGAGCCCCAGCCAGAGGCCCAUGUACACCCCCAUCGCCGACAGCACCGGGGUGCCCUCCGUGCCACAGACCCACAGUCCACAGCACUGGGAGCAGCAGCCCAUCUACACACAACUGUCCAGGCCCUGA